AUGCAUUUUUUUUGUAAAUGAGUGGAGUAGCCUUCUAAAAAGAAAAUUUCAGUAAUUUCAAUAAAAUAAGUAUUCACGACAUUAGGACGUAUUUGUCGUAAACAUGAUUCCAAAGAAAACAUUUGUGAAAGAUGCACACAUCGUGAAAAUCGCUGUGGAGUUGGAGAAUCACUUGCCGCAGCUAAUAAAUUUGGAUCAGCGACAGCCUUUAACAGGUAAGAUACAAGAAAUAUGUAAUUGUUGGGGUAUUGUCGAUCCGGAGAAUUAUGCUUUGCAAUUUUGUGAUGUAAAUAAUCAAAAAUAUGUCACUGAGAAAAAUCGCAAUGAAAUAAAAAAUGGGUCAGUAUUGCGACUGCAGUACUCACCUUCGAAAACUGCAAAUGACACGCUGGAAUCAUUGCGCAGCGGGUCGACAAUGGAGAAGACAAAAUGUCUAAAACAACUCGCCACACUAAGUAAAGAUCAUACAUUUGCCAUGGAAUUCAUAAAAGAGCAGGGUUUAGGUAUAAUCAUAAAUAUGAUAGAAGAUUCUGCGCAAAAAGAUGACGAUAUACUCAAGUACAGCUUGGCCAGCUUUGUUGAGCUAAUGGAGCAUGACACAAUUUCAUGGGAAAUAUUGCAAAGCACUUUCGUUCAGCGCAAUAUUUACAUAGUUUGUAAUUUUCAACAUUUCUCCAAAGAAUGUACACAAAGUGCGCUUUCCAAUUUGGAAAAUAUCGUACAAAAUAGCAGCAAGUAUGUACUAGUGGAAAAAGAAGUCACACUACAAGAUCUACUGCACCUACUACAAGAUGCCAAUUCGGCGACAAUUCAACAGAAUGCUAUAGCCCUCAUCAAUGCACUAUUUAUAAAGGCGGAUGAGGCACGCAAACGGCAAAUUGCGCACACGAUUAGCGCCAAGCCAUACCGGUUGGCUUUGAUUGGCAACGCAUCGGGUCGUCAAAUGGAGAUGACGCAUCAAUUGUAUGUUUUGCAAACACUCACUUUGGGUUUACUAGAGCAAAGAAUGCGCAUGAAAAUGAAUGCACAAGAUCAGGAUGCACAUGAGAAAAUUAAAGAAUUGCGACGUAUUGCAUUUGACGAUUAUUCUGGGCAAAUGGGAUUAGGCGAUGAACAGUUGAGGCGCAGUGGGGGUGGCUCAGGCGGUGGUAAUGUGAAUUUUUCGCAAUAUUACAAGAAACUUGGUUUCAAAUGUGAUAUCAAUCCCGCACAGGACUUCAUUGAAACGCCACCGGGUAUUUUGGCUUUGGAUUGCAUGGUUUACUUUGCACGCACCUAUACACAACAGUAUACAAAAAUUGUGCAUGAGAACUCAUGUCGCGCUGAUGAGCAUGAAUGUCCUUUCGGCCGCACCUCUAUCGAGUUGGUGAAAGUGCUAUGCGACAUAUUGCGGAUUGGUGAACCACCAGCCGAACAAUCUGCGGAUUUUCAACCAAUGUUUUUCACACAUGACCAUCCUUUUGAGGAAUUCUUUUGCAUUGGUAUUAUAACAUUAAAUCGCACAUGGAAAGAUAUGCGCGCUACAGCUGAAGAUUUUCAAAAAGUGUUUAGCGUUGUCCGCGAACAAAUAACGCGCACACUUAAGGAACGUCCGGAGAAUCUGGAAGAGUUUCGCGCAAAAAUCGCUUUACUUACCUAUCAAACCAUAACUAAUUUACGUCAACAGGAGCGUACAUCAAAAGAGGAAUGCGAUUCAACUGCAUCUGCUAUUGUCAAAUUGAAAGAAAAGAUCUCACCUCAUAUACUCGACUUAAUAAAACAACAGAGACUCUCAUAUUUGGUAGAAGGCACACGUUUUUCGAAAUACUCACGCGGCACACGCUCCAAAGACAAAUUCUGGUAUGCUCGCCUCUCGCCUAAUCACAAAGUGAUACACUAUGGCGAUUGCGAUGAGAAAACCGUGCCAACGCUUGAAGAACUCACCAACAAAGUAGCUGUUAUCGAUAUUAAACAACUACUCGAAGGCAAAGAAUGUCCACAUAUGAAAGAAAUGCGUACACGCAAAAAUGCCGGCAAUCUGGCUUUUUCCAUAACGCUCGAUAGCAUGGAGAAUACAACUCUGGACUUUGUGGCGCCCGAUGAGACCACGUUUCAUUACUGGACUGAUGGUAUAAAUGCUUUGUUGGGUCAGGAAAUGACAAGCAAACAAAAGAAAGAAGAUUUCGAUACACUGCUAUCGAUGGAAAUCAAAUUGCGUUUACUGGACACGGAAGGUGUUGACAUCAGUAAAGAUCCGCCACCAAUACCUGAAGACCCGGAAAAUUAUGAUUUCUGUUUUGAGAGCUAGAGUAUUUUAUGAGGAUCCUGCAUAGUAUGUAUUAGUGGUGUGUGCUGAGAAUACGAAACGCAACAAAAAAUAAAAAAUAGGAUUUCAAAAAAAAAAACAUGCCAAAGUAAUGUAAGUUAAUAUAAUACAAUGUAAUAUGUAUUGAUUAGUGGUAACGCGUACAUUAUAAUAUUUAAUACAAAUAAUUCCAAAACAAAACCCUAAGCAAGAAAAAAAAACAAUUAAUUAUUUUUACAUUCAAUUUGCAAUAUUUUAAUAGUUUAUUUAAGCUAAUACCACAAUUAUAUAUGUGGCAUCAAACAGCCAUACAAUUUAUAACAUACGUACACAUGUAUAUUUAUUUUUAUUCUUUAACAUUUUUUAAGCUAAAGCUAGACAAGCAUAAAUUUUUGGAAUACAGCAUAUUCAAUGAAUCUUAAUUAUAAAACAAAUAUUUGUGCAUCAUAUUUAAUCGCAGUUUGGGUAGUUUAAACGCUAUUUACCUCAUAGAUUCUACGGUUAUUUCUUUUUUUCCAUGUGUAAUCGGAGUGGUGAGAAGUCGGAAUUCUGCCAUUAGGAAACUACGCAUAGCAUUUGCUUUGACCUUGCCUGCUAUUACUAUGUUUUUGACAAUUAGGUUGUUUGGUGCAUAGUUAAAUUUUAUAAGGCCCGUUUCUUAGUUAUAGACAUCAAGUCUAUUUGCUAGCACUAAUACUCGAAAUUUUUUAAAUUCAUUGUGCGAAUUUUCUGUCUCAUAUUUUAAAGCAUUGAAACACAUUUUACAUUUACAUAUACAUAUGCAGUACAUAGAUAUUAGUAUUUACUCAUUUUAUGUCGUUUGUGCUAUUACUUCAAAAGAGGUGCAACCGAAAAGAAAAAUUUUGGUCGAUUUUUUCAUAAAUCAAUUCCUAGGAUUUUUCUCAAAUUAAU